AUGGCGACGAUAGCCGAUGAGUACUACGUGCCGAUACACGACGCAUGCGUGGUGAGAGCGAGACGUCGACGACCCUGCAAGAGGGCACUCAAACUCAUAUGUUGCGCAAUUGCGGUGGCGCUCGCAGUCUUCCGCGUCCUGGCGAAGAUCGACGACAACAGCGUGGCCAAGUUCUCGGUGGACAUCGCCUCCGUCGAGGGCCUGAACGGCACCACGGUCGUCGGCGCCCGCACGGUCUCUCCGGGGUUCAGCCUGACGGCGCGGGUCGAGAACCCGCGCGCCCUCACGGACUGGUGCUCCACGGGCGGCCAGGCCGUGGUCUCGUACGCCGGCGUCAGCCUCGCGUGGGGCCCCGUCCCGGCUUUCUGCGUGCCGAAGAAGGGGGCGGCGGAGCUGACGGUCGCCGCAUCGGGGACAGGCGUCGGGCUGUCGGACGACCUGCGCACGCGCUUCGGGGCGGAGUGGAACAUGGGCAUGGCGCUGGUGGAGGUUGAGAUGAAGCUGUUCUACGACGGCAAUGGCUGCUCCUGGAUUGGUACGUCCGCGUACCAAGGGGUGUCUGUGGUUUGGCGACAGCUUACCCUGCCAGGCCAAGGGGCGCCUCACGCUUUUUGA